AUGUCGGGGAAAGGAGAAUGCAGCGCAUGGGGUGGGAAAACGGCUUGGGGACGACAGGAAGAGGACUGUGAGCCAAUUGUUUCAUUUGUGGAAAUAAUGAGUGAGGAAUUGGCAGAUUCGUUGAAUGAAGAGGAACGGAAAAAGGAGGAGGAAUUCUUGAAUGCUGUUGUACAGAGUGAAACCGCACCGGUAAGAGAUUACUAG